CCCUCGGUGCCGUCCCGCAUUAAUGGCUUUCAGAAGCCCGCUAACGGACUAUCCAUUCGCAGUAAGCAGGGCAGUCAAGCCCCAUAAAGAGAAAGGGCGCAAUAGGUUUGUCUCGUGUGUUGAUGGUUGUGUCUGUGCUGAUGGUAUGUGUCUGUGCUGAUGCAGAGCUCAACGGUCAUACUGCCCGGGGAGGACAUCGAUUGCAGCGAGUGUGAGCUGUUCGGCAAAAAGGACGACCCCACAAGCUGGCUCAUCGAGGAGCUGUGUCUUCCCCCGCCUCUCCCCCUCCCCCUCAAUGCUCACACACAAAGAAGCAGCAGGGCCUCAACGCGGCAACGCAAGGGAAGCGGAGCCCAGCCGUCGCCAAGGGACCAUCCUUGGCCCUCGUGGCACCGAUAUGUCACUCACGAGACCGGCAGCCCGCCUCUAUGGAUUCUGAUCUGCUGCAGUAUGCCGUACUGCUGCGGGGCGGUGAAGCAUGUGAGUGCCAGUGGAGCGGGUAACAGCAAGGAGGAGACAGAGAAGAAAUCCAGUGACGGAGAGAAGUGCCGGUUGCGGCAAAAUGGCCCAGUCGGUCCGAGGGCUGGGGAUAAUUACAUGUGCCCCCAUCCACGGUCGCGGCCGAGACACAGGGAGAGGGGAUGGCGGGAGUGCGACAGUGGUUUGAGCAACGAAGAUCCGUGACAGAUGGACAAUUCGGGUGUCAUGCCUGCCGGUGCCUCAUGUGGGCAGUGACUGAGUAAUAGAAGGGACAGUCAUGUAGCCAACUUCAACGCAAUCGGUCAAGCCUCUGUCGCUCUCUGCACUGCACCCGGACACAAGAUCAACACGAUGCAUGCAUGUGUGUGUGUGUAUGUAUGUGUGCAUGCCCUCCCAACCUCUCGAGGUAUGGCGGCUGGUGCGUUGAAUUAAGACAGAGUGAGUG